AUGAUAAGCUUAGAUGAGAUGGAAUCAAUUGCUAAUUCAUUUCGCAAAAAGCCUAAGAAAAACUCAUCCUUGUAGAUUCAAACAGAUGAAACAAUGGCUAUGAUAGAAAUUUUAGAAUCGGAUAUGAAUAAAUUUAGAAUAGAAAAUUUCAGACUUUAACAAUAGAUUAAGUAAUUAUAAGAGAGUUUAGUACAUUGUUCUGUCAAUGUUACAAAUACAUCUUCUAAAUUUAUGUUGCCAAGUGAAUUUAAAUUAAAAUAUGAAAAUAUGGUAAAAGAAACACUUCCAUCAGCCUUUGGUUAUCUUUUUGAUUAACCAAAAGUGUUAGUGUAAGUUGUUUAAGAAAGUUGUCUAUUUUUAGAAUAAGUAAUCAGAGAAGAACUAAAUAAUAAAACUUUACAAAUAGCCACAAUACUAGGAAUAAAUUGUUAAGGGUUAUUUAGUCUUUUAUAAAAAUUAUAUUAAGAUAAUUACUUAAAUGUAUUAGGAUUUAAUGAAAUAACAAUAAAUAAAUUAAAAUCUCAUCUGAAAUUGAAUAUUAAAAACAUAGAUGAAUUUAUAGAAGAAGAUAACGAUGAUUUGAUUGAAUGGAUGAAAUAAUAUUGGUUAUUGUUAUCUUAUAUAAUACUAAGUGAUUAAGAGAUCAACAUAGGUUUUAGUAGAGUGAUAUAUGAGAUAGUUUCAUAUCAAAAAAAUGAAUAUUAUUGUGUAGAUGGUUUUGGCAAAGAAGGAGCUAAAAGUUUGGUGAUUUUACCACCAAUAAUGAGAAAGAAUUAACCAUUUAAUGGAGUGAAACAUUCAGUAUUAAUAUUACCAACCAAUUUUGAUUGCUCAAUAUUUAAUUAAGAAAAUAAUUUAUCAGAUAAAAUCUAAGAAUUGAGAUCUUAUAAUUCCCCUAAAUAAUUAACUAUUCCUUAAGAAAUAAGAGUUGUUGAAGAGAGUAAAAGAAGCAGUUUAUAACAUAGUGCAAGAGAAAAUACUUUUUAAACUUAGGGAUUUGAAAAAUUUGAUACAUUUGAGGAAUGUAGAAUUAAACCAUAACAAAAGUAACCAUUAAAAUCAAUGAAGGAAACUCUUAACAAAUUAAAUUAAUAUAAUAAUAGUAGUAAUAAUUAAUCAUUUAAAGAAAUCUCUCGACUUCUCAAGUAAGAUUCUAAAGAUAACAAAAAGUUUAGGUAAAUUAUUACUCAUAUUUAGUUAGUUAAAUUAUAUAUAAAAUAAGAUUAAUGAUAGUAAUUGGAGUAGAAUUCUUGCUAAUAAAAGAAAUAAAGAAAAUAAUUAACAUCUCAAUUAAUCAUAAAAUUAACCCUCCCAAUUAACCAUUUAAUAAUUUAUUAAAAAGAUUAAGAUAGAUUUUUCUCGUCCUCUGAAAAGCCGCCAUGAAGAGUCAAAAUUCAUUAAAUCAUAAUAGGAUAGUUUCAGAUAAAGAGCUCAGUCAAAUGAUGGAAAAUUUGUUAAAUUUUAUAAUGAUUCCUUUAAUUAGAAAUUAAAUAAUUGA